AUGGACGUUGCAGCUGGGCUCGCGCCUCUGCUGAACGCUCUGUUACACGUAGGACAUUUCUACGAUUGGGGUCGCCAAACUGGCCCUGUCUGCCCAGACUGUCCUGACCUAGUCUGCCCGGCCCUCCCCGUCAUACCGGAGUGCCCUCGUUGUGCGGAGUGCCCCGCGAGGACGUGUCCGCCUGUCGCGCCGUGUGAGGCGCCUUCGGUGAGUGGCAGUCGGCUGCAGAAGAUAGAGGACCUCAUCGAGGUGCUGGUGGAGAAGUUUCCCAAGGCCUCGCCUUCGUGUACCCCUUGCGAGGCUCACCAGCGGGAGCCAGACGAGUCGUGCUUUCACAUCGGAGUGCGUCUGUUCACGCUGGGUGUGUCGGUCGGCGUGUUCGUGAGCUUGACGAUCUACCUGCCCUCUCGGUGCUGUUGCUGUCGACAGACGGCUCUCCGAGUCGUGGGCGCAGAGGGCCGCUCCGUGCUCCCAUCCGCGCUCGCCGUGCAGGACGUGGAGACCCCAGCGAGCCGCAGGUGGAUCUGGUCUGCGCCCGACUUUUCGGUGAGAGCGAUCGACAUCACCGACCGCAAUGUGGUGCUGGGCCUGCUCCCACUCGCGCGCAAUGCGCCGUUUCCACAGGGCCCGAACGUUUACGCCUUUGAUAGUCCCAUCGCCGCCCUCGACUUGGGCUGCGCUCGUGCUGAAGCGGGGGUUUUGGCUGAGAUCGCGGGCGGCGCAGGUGCUGCUCCAGUGGUGCGUGAUGGCGAGGCCGCUCCUGAUGGCGCCGCAGUCCUGGUCUACGCCGAUCCGUCGACCCGCUUCUUCGGUGAGGAGUUGGACGACGCGAUCCAGGGGGACCCUGAGCUGUCCGACCGUCGGACCUCCUUCUCGCUGGUCAAGAGGGGUGGGGAGCGGACCGCGGCGGAGAUACU